AUGGAGGAGCAGAAAGUUCAAACCUGCGACUUUUACAGAACUGAUCCAAACCUGCCGCAUAGAUUCAACAACCCUGACUGCUUCCAAGGUUACAGUCAGAAAAUUGGUCACCCACUUUAUCGAACAUCGAAUCAAACGUACGGGAGCAAGAAACCAACUGUUCAUGAGAUACAGACUCAGUUUAAAGGGAGUUCCUGCCGGUUCUCGGAGGCCAUGCUGCAGAGCGGGAUGUACCGUGAUCAUGGCUUCAACACGUCGGUGGAGAGGAGCAGAGUGAUGGUUUCCACGGCAACCCAGACCAACAGAGUCAACCUCCAUAACUAUUACUACGGAAACAAAAGCAAAGAUAUAAACAAUUAAAGAAAAGG